GAAAAGGAACUCCAGUUGUUAGCAGCGAACUCAUUGAUGCUUUCGGUGAAGUAGACUGCCAGCACUGAGGAAGAUGAAGCACAUGCAAAAAUCAGAGUCAUUUAUCGGUUUUUAGGGCGAAUCAAAUCUAUUCGGGUUAUUAAGUCGAACGGGCGACGUGUGAGCAAGCAAUCGAAGCUAAAGCCGAGCAGGGUAAUCCGAAAAAAGGGGCGCCUUAGAUGUGGCACGGGCCACCGACCCUACCGUGCACCACACUCGUCUAGGACUCUGUUCUAAAGCGCUUGUGGCGGGAGUUUCUGGCCAGGAUCGGGCAGGGAUCGAGGCGCACUCGAGACCCGUUGAAAGGUCGCAGUCAAAUCGUAACGACGACACGUAACGGAGCGCGGUUCAAGGACACGCGGCUCAGACUCCUCGCUCAGAGUCGCAGGCAACGAAAAAGCCGCUGUGUUCGGGCGCUAGGCAAGCCCACGCCUCCGCCCAUCGGCAACUGGAAGUUCCAGUCGGCCCUGUGGUCCGCAAGCCUUUGUGCCACUCACGUCCACGCCCACGCCAAGCGAUUGAAACGCGAAAUGGCCGUUAAGCAGAAUAACAGCGAGGCGGGUGAUAAUGCCUCGGAUAAUGCCGGAGGAGCUGGCAACGGCAUUCCGCCCAACGCCAAACCCAUGUCCGCGAACGGAAUGGCGAAUGCCGAAGAGAACGUAUUGCCAAAGGGCAUGGACACGGGUUCGCCCGCUGGCGAGAGCCUGAACUCCAACCGAUCGGGCAAGCGGGAUAUUAAGGCCCUGCUGGCAUACCUCCAAAGCAUCGAUAUGCCGGAGCAAGGCCACAAUGUGAUGGCCAUCUGCGAGAGGGUUAUCGUGGACUUGGCCCGUCUGCAAAUUCCACGAGGCGCAUCCUGUCCACGCCUAAAGGAAGACGUCUGCCAGGUCGGUGCCUUUCUGGCUACGCGCAACGAGAAGUUCCACCAAAUGUUCUACCUGCGUGUCGUCUACGAGCUGAUCACCAAGUCGCCAUUCGAGCCACCACCCUCGUGUGCCGUGGCCAUUGUGUUCCAGCUGUUCGACUCCACGCAGAUCCUGGAGGCUGUACACUCGCUGCUGGAACAGAAUGUGCAGGACUCGAGCAUUAAGAAGACGGUGAACCUGCUCUGUGAUUGGAUCACGUACUGCACCUUUUGCAGCACUCUCAAUCUUUGGGUGCUGGCGCUGCUCAAGGGGCUAAGGGAUCAGGGCAAAAUGGCGCUGCUCGACGAGAUUGCAAUGGACAACAUCGAGAAGCUGUUCCACGUGAUGAUCUUUCCGGCGCUGAGGCAAAAGGCCGCACCGGUUGUGUUUCACAUGCUGUCAACGAUUAAUCAGACCCCCGAGGUUUUUCACAAGAUCUUGCCAAGGAUCCCACGAGUCCUGCAGUAUGUGAAGAAUCAGUCGACCACCAUGGACGAGAUUGGCCUGGAAACCAAGAAAUGUCUGCAGCAACUGGUCGACCUAACCAGCGCCCUAAUGCUACGUUUCUAUGAUCAGGAUGAGCUCUAUGUCGCAACCAAGAAAGCCCUGCAGACCUAUGAGCCCUCUCCGAAUUGCGUGGCUCUGGCAAAGGCAAUGCAUGAGAAUGCCCAGCCGUGGGGUCGGCGGAAUGCGAGGGUUGGACUCGUUAACCUGGGGAAUACCUGCUACAUGAAUAGCGUACUUCAGGCGCUAGCCAUGACCAGCGAUUUUAGCAGGCAAAUCCUGCUUAUCGAGUGCAAUUCAGUGCUGCUCAUGAAAGUGCAGCAGCAGAUUGCCCUGAUGCAUCACUCGCUGCGCUACGAACUAACGCCUUCGCGAGUGCUGAACGCCACCCGGCCGCCUAGCUUCACGCCCGGCCUACAACAGGACAGCUCCGAGUUCCUAGGAUAUCUGCUCGACCUGCUGCACGAGCACGAGAUCAACAGCUCCUCAGUCACUGGUCACAGUGUUGGUCCUCCGAAGACCGGCAGGGAAGUGGACGACGUGCCCGCACUGCUGAGCGAGGAUAUAUUGUCGAGCGGCGUUAUUCCGUACAACAGCAAGGAUCACGAGCUCAGCAGUGGAAGCAACAGUGACAAUUGUAAUCACAAGCCCACACCGACACCACCCGCGACUCCCACCAAAGCCACCAACGGCUUAAAGCAGCAGGGCCAGCAGGUUGAUCAGGCGAAGCCACCAUCUACCAUUGACAAGACGUUCGCUGGCAAGCUUUCCACCACCUAUCGAUGUUUAAACUGCGGCUGGGAGAGCCGGAACGAGGACAGCUUUCGCGAGCUGCAGCUGUCUUUUCCCGAUGAUAAGGAAGACUGUGGAGCCACCAACUACUCGGUGCAGGAUCUGAUCGAGUACUACUGCUCGCCCGAGAAGCUGGACGGUGACAAUCAAUAUUUCUGUCCACAAUGCAAGAAGCUUUGCGAUGCGGAGCGCCACAUCGGGGUCACCCAGGCACCGAAGAACCUUAUUCUCACGCUCAAGCAGUUCAAGUACGAUCAGAAGUACCACUUCCGCACCAAGCUCAUGCAUAAGGUGUUCCACGAUGAGAGCGUCACAGUAAAAAUGUCGGCAAAGGACUCGCUGCAGGAGAUGUCCACUGUGCACUAUGAUCUGUAUGCGGGUGUUGUUCACGCCGGGUACAGCAUGGAUUCCGGUCACUACUUUACGUUCGCGGCGGAUCAAGCCAAGAAUUGGUACAAGUUCAACGAUAACGUGGUUACCCACUCCAAGCCGGAGGAGAUGCACAAUCUCACUUCGCCCAACACGCCCUACAUCCUGUUCUACAAGAUGUGCGGCCACUCCAAUGAGUCUAAUUCGGUUACGGCCAGCUGCAGUUCGAGUAUGGUAUCGGGCUCAAAUGACCAGGUGGUCUCGGUGCCACUGUCGCCGCCUCUGAAGCUGGAGGAGUUGCCACGCCGACUUCGCGACUACGUAAGAAAGGACAACCAUGUUUACAACGAAGAGUUGAAGAUGCAACGCUUUAAGCGUGGCAACAGCGGUCACGGCAAUGCGUUUGUCAGCCGGCACAACUUUGAUGGCGAUGGUGACGAGGACGACAAGGCGCCGCCGCCGCCCGGAGGAUGUGGAGGCAAUGGACUGGGCAUGAACAUCAACCGCUUCGUCUUCUGAGAAAGCGACAGCCAGGAUAGCGAGCACACCGGAGGCCACUAGAACAUAUACUUGUCUACUUUAUGAAACACGCGCAUACUAAUCGAAAUGUUACAUACAUAUAUAUAUAGCACGUUCACAACCAAUCGAGAUAUAUGCGCCUACGUAUAUCGAAGUGUAUGAGAAACGCGCUUACCGAUCGCUUGUUCGCUACCUCCUUGAGUUGUUGUCGAUGUUUUCUAAAUUGUUUCUUCCUUUUCUCCUUGAUCCUUCGGCCCGUUGCCCCAAAAAUCAUUAUACUCAUCCACUCAUACGAACGCAAACUAUUAUUGUAUUUCCAUUUACAAAAUUGUUAUAAUUUUUUUGUUUUUGUUAACACAAACCUAGUUGUAGAACGUGCAUAUAUGCGAACACAAACAUAUUUAAUUAUAAAAAUUAAAAAAAAAAAAAAACAAUAGAAUUAGCCAGAAAUAGGAGCGAUAUACUUGAAUCCGAAGACCACUAACUUCCAAAACACUAAACCAGAAAUAAUGUCUGCACCCUAGUUUUUAACGCACAGCUCGAAAUUAAAUCAUAUCUCGAGUUGCAAUCGAACUAGCAAGAAGCUACAAAACAAGAUAAUCGCGGCAUUGACUUGUAUAGAUCGAGAUCGUUUAUAGAUCGGGCUAUAACCCUCGGAUCGUAUUAUUAGUUUCACUGUUAAUUUUAGCAAAUUUCAAAAAAUUUGCGCAUGUGCGACACGAAUUUGUAAUUGAUAUAUAUAAAUGUAUCUCUUUGGAUCUGGUGAGCAGAGGUUGCGAUGAAUUUUGAACGUUAUUGCAAUUAAAUUGGAAUAAUUUCAAGGAAAUUUGUAUAUGGUGUAUGUCUAUUGAUAACCAAAAUCUAUACUAUGCUAUGCUAUAAGUGUAUCAAUAAAG